GGCCCAGUCGCACAAUUAUGAGAAGGAGCCACCAGGCCGCUCCUGCCCUUGCCGCUGCCGCCGCCGCCGCUCUGGAGCCCCAGCCGGAGCCUGCCGCGAGCCGUGCCCGCUGCCUCGGCGGCCGCAAACUCCGCAGCCUCCCGCCACGGCGGCGGCCUACUGGCGGGGAGACGCCGCCGCCGCCGCCGCUUUGCCCGGCCGCCUCGGCCUCUUCGCCCGGCCGCCUCGGCCUCGCGCCGCUGCCGGCUUCGGCGCCCAUAGAUGGAGACAGGCCCCGGAGCCGCCGGAGCCGAACCCCGAGCCGGAGCCGCCCGGCGUGAGCAGCAGAGCCAGAGUCGCCGGCCGCCAGACAGCCCCGCCGCCGCCGCCCGCCGCCCCUGAGGAGGAUGUCCCAGAAAUCUUGGAUAGAAAAUACUUUCACCAAACGAGAAUGUGUCUACAUAAUACCAAGUUCAAAGGAUCCUCACAGAUGCCUUCCAGGAUGUCAGAUUUGUCAGCAACUUGUCAGGUGCUGUUGUGGCCGCUUGGUACGGCAGCAUGCCUGCUUCACCGCAAGCCUUGCCAUGAAAUACUCCGAUGUGAAACUAGGUGAAAAUUUUAACCAGGAACUCGAGGAAUGGUCUGUAGAAAAACACACAGAGCAGUGCUCAACGGAUGCUUACGGUGUCAUUAAUUUUCAAGGAGGCUCUCAUUCCUAUCGAGCGAAGUAUGUACGAUUGUCCUAUGACACCAGAUCUGAAGCCAUCCUACAACUGAUGCUCAAAGAAUGGCAGCUGGAACUGCCAAAACUUGUUGUUUCUGUACACGGAGGAAUGCAAAAAUUUGAGCUUCACCCACGGAUCAAACAGUUGCUUGGUAAAGGCCUUAUUAAAGCUGCAGUAACAACAGGAGCCUGGAUUAUAACUGGAGGGGUGAACACAGGAGUUGCAAAGCACGUUGGGGAUGCCCUGAAGGAGCAUGCCUCCCGAUCAUCUCGAAAGAUUUGCACUAUUGGAAUAGCUCCUUGGGGAGUGAUUGAAAACAGAAACGAUCUUGUUGGGAAAGAUGUUGUUGCUCCCUAUCAAACUCUGCUAAAUCCUUUAAGCAAAUUAAACGUCCUGAAUAAUCUUCAUUCCCAUUUCAUACUGGUGGAUGAUGGCACAGUUGGAAAAUACGGAGCAGAAGUGAAAUUGCGGCGAGAACUGGAAAAAACAAUCAGUCAGCAACGAAUUCAUGCAAGAAUUGGCCAGGGUGUUCCUGUGGUGGCACUUAUCUUUGAAGGUGGUCCCAAUGUUGUCCUUACUGUUUUGGAGUAUCUUCAGGAGAGCCCUCCUGUGCCAGUCGUGGUCUGUGAGGGGACCGGCAGAGCUGCAGAUAUCCUGGCUUAUGUUUAUAAGCAAACAGAAGAGGGCGGAAGCAUCCCUGAUGGAGCUGAACCAGAAAUCAUUUCAACAAUCAAAAAGACAUUUAAUUUUGGUCAGAGCGAAGCGGUUCAUUUAUUCCAGACACUGCUGGAAUGCAUGAAAAAAAGGGAACUGAUUACAGUGUUCCACAUUGGUUCUGAUGAACAUCGAGAUAUUGAUGUUGCAAUCCUUACAGCUCUACUAAAAGGGACAAAUGCUUCUGCAUUUGACCAGCUUAUUCUUACCCUUGCUUGGGAUCGAGUUGACAUUGCCAAAAAUCAUGUUUUUGUUUAUGGACAACAGUGGCUGGUUGGCUCUUUAGAGCAGGCUAUGUUGGAUGCUCUUGUGAUGGACAGAGUUGCCUUUGUGAAACUUCUUAUUGAAAAUGGAGUAAGCAUGCACAAAUUUCUGACAAUUCCCAGACUGGAAGAACUUUACAACACUAAACAAGGCCCAACAAAUCCAGCAUUGUUUCACCUCGUUCGAGAUGUCAAACAGGGAAACCUUCCUCCAGGGUACAAACUCACUCUGAUUGACGUUGGUCUUGUGAUCGAAUACUUAAUGGGAGGAACCUAUCGGUGCACGUACACAAGAAAACGCUUCCGGGUGAUCUACAACAGCCUCAGUGGCAGCAACAGGCGGUCCGGGCGAAAUGCUUCAGGCAGCACUCCUCAGUUGCGUAAAAGCCACGAACCUUUUGGGAACAGGGUGGAUAAGAAAGAAAAAAUGCGGCACAAUCACUUCAUCAAAACUGCACAGCCUUAUAAACCAAAGGCUGAUACUGCCACAGAUGAAGGAAAAAAGAAAAAAACCAAAGAUGACAUUGUCGAUAUUGAUGAUCCGGAAACCAGGCGCUUUCCGUACCCUCUUAAUGAGCUGUUACUUUGGGCGGUGCUAAUGAAGAGGCAGAAAAUGGCGCUCUUCUUCUGGCAGCAUGGCGAAGAGUCCAUGGCAAAAGCCUUAGUGGCCUGCAAGCUUUACCGUUCCAUGGCCUACGAAUCAAAACAAAACGACCUGGUCGACGAUACCUCAGAAGAACUAAAAGAAUACUCCAGUGAGUUUGGAGAGCUGGCCGUUGAGUUAUUAGAGCAAUCCUUUCGGCAAGAUGAAACAAUGGCGAUGAAGUUACUCACCUACGAGCUAAAAAACUGGAGUAAUGCCACCUGCCUUAAACUAGCCGUGUCUUCACGCCUCCGUCCUUUUGUAGCACACACUUGCACCCAGAUGUUACUAUCGGAUAUGUGGAUGGGAAGGCUGAACAUGAGGAAAAAUUCAUGGUACAAGGUAAUCCUGAGCAUCCUUCUCCCCCCUACUAUAUUAAUGCUGGAAUACAAAACCAAGGCCGAAAUGUCUCACAUUCCUCAGUCCCAGGAUGCACAUCAAAUGACGAUGGAAGACAGUGAAAACAAUUUUCAGAACAUAGCAGAAGAAAUACCAAUGGAAGUCUUCAAAGAAGUCCAGGUCUUGGAUCAUUCUGACGUAAAGCAUGACAUGGAGAGCAUGAUAAAACCGAAGAGGCUUCCCAUUACACGAAAGUUUUACGCUUUUUAUCACGCACCAAUAGUGAAAUUCUGGUUCAACACGUUGGCCUAUAUAGGAUUCCUGAUGCUUUAUACCUUUGUGGUUCUGGUGAAAAUGGAAGAAUUGCCUUCGGUUCAGGAAUGGAUUGUCAUUGCUUACAUUUUCACACUGGCGGUUGAGAAAAUCCGCGAGAUCUUUAUGUCAGAAGCUGGAAAGAUUAGCCAGAAGGUUAAAGUGUGGUUCAAUGAUUACUUCAACAUCAGUGACACAAUAGCCAUUAUCACUUUCUUCAUUGGUUUUGUACUAAGAUUUGGAGCAAAAGGGAACUUCCAUGAAAAUACUUACAGAGAAAAUUAUGUUUUCGUUGCUGGAAGACUCAUUUACUGCCUGAAUAUAAUAUUUUGGUAUGUGAGACUGUUGGAUUUUCUGGCUGUAAAUCAACAUGCUGGACCCUACGUCAUGAUGAUUGGGAAAAUGGUGGCGAACAUGUUUUAUAUUGUCGUGAUCAUGGCCCUGGUCCUGCUCAGUUUUGGAGUACCUAGGAAAGCAAUACUGUAUCCUAAUGAAGAACCCUCCUGGGUCCUAGCCAAAGAUAUUGUAUUUCAGCCUUACUGGAUGAUAUUUGGUGAAGUGUAUGCUUAUGAAAUUGACGUAUGUGCAAAUAAUUCCGAAGCUAAGCAUCGCUGUGUCACAGGAUCAUGGCUAACUCCGUUUCUUCAGUCCGUAUAUCUCUUUGUGCAGUACAUCAUUAUGGUCAACCUUCUCAUCGCCUUUUUCAACAAUGUGUAUUUACAAGUGAAAGCUAUCUCUAACCUUGUGUGGAAGUAUCAGCGUUAUCAUUUCGUUAUGACCUAUCACGAGAAGCCCAUCCUGCCUCCCCCUCUUAUUAUUCUCAGCCACAUGGCUUCUUUGUGCUACUGCAUUUGCAAACGAAGGAAGAAAGAUAAAACUUCAGAUGGACCAAAACUGUUUCUAACAGAAGAAGAUCAGAAGAAGCUUCAUGAUUUUGAAGAGUUGUGUGUUGAGAUGUAUUUCAGUGAAAAAGAUGACAAAUUCCAUUGUCGGAGCGAAGAAAGAAUUAGAGUCACCUCUGAACGCGUUGAGCAGAUGUGCAUCCAAAUCAAGGAGGUGGGCGACAGAGUCAACUACAUCAAACGCUCCUUGCAGUCUCUGGACACGCAAAUCGGCCACUUGCAAGACCUCUCUGCUCUCACUGUGGAUACGCUAAAAACUCUCACCGCCCAGAAGGCCUCGGAAGCAAGCAAGGUCCACAAUGAAAUCACCCGGGAACUGAGUAUUUCCAAACAUUUGGCCCAGAACCUCAUCGACGAUGUUCCCUUAAGAUCUUCCAUGUGGAGGAAGCACAGUAUCGGCAACGCGUUCGGCUCUUCUUUCCCCCAAGGAGGCCUUGACGCUAAUAACGCGGUGCUGUGCAACAUAUCUAUGCAAGAAGAAAAAGACCCAGGACAUAAGUUCUCUGGUUUCACCAAGGGGGACGAGUUCAAUUUUCCCGAGGCGAGUUCCUCAGGGGGUGCCUUACUUCCAAAAGCUCUUUCUCCCACAGAACUUCGUCAAAGAGUACAGGGUAUACAAGUAUCCAAAUACAGUAAUAAAGUUAAAAAGGGGGGCAGUUCUUUAAACAGCCUCCCCUAUCUAACAUCUUUGUCCGCUAAGUUUUUUGUCAGCACUCCUUCUCAACCCAUUUGUAAAAACCAGCCGGGAAGCACCUCAAAGGAAGAGGACGUUGUGGUCCCAAAGGCCGCUGAAGGAGAACACGCCGUUGAAUUUGGUGCGUUUGUGGGUAAGUAUCACCAGCUGAAAAGAGGGCAUCCGGCUAUUGCUGGGGGUUGCUGCAAAGUUCCAUCUUCGGGCUUCUUUUGGCUCGCUUCCAUCUCCCAAAAUGGCGGCGGUUAUGUCAAGUCUGGAUUUAUUGAGGAGGAAAACGAUGGCGCUGCUGCAGAAAACCUUUCAGACCAAGAGAAUGGCCAGACCUCUUCUAGUUUUGCGAAGACUGUUGCCCGAAGUAAAUUCCAGGUGACUCUUGCUAAGGAAACCAGAAGCGUUCCUUGUAGUGGAUUGAAAAAGACACGGGAAGUUGAAAGCCGGAACAGAAGUUUUCCAGAAAUGUCAGCCAAGAUCUCCAGUUUAAGUUCCGGUGUCACUGUACAACAUCAGAAACACUGGAUCAAAUCUAAACUGCAAGGUCACAGGGACAGCAUGGAAUUGCAGCGGUUUAAGGAGACACCGAUGAUGAGUAAAGAAAAAAGUGACAGCAUUGAGGAGCAACAGGAAGACUUCAAAAAAGCAAUUCUAGAAGGCAUGGAGAAAACAAAAGAGAAGGUCAGCAGUAAUACAGAAGCUCCUCUAAGACAUGUUAGUUCAUGUGAAGGCUUCAGUGACUAUUAUAGAGCUGCACGAUCAGAGCAGACUCACAAUAAGAGCAGAAGAGCGUCUACUGAGGAGAAUCACCAGGUGGACUCCAAGGCAGCCUUACUCACAGAUUGGUUGCAAGGUCGAACUUCCUACAGGAAUGAAAUGUCUUCUGAGGAAGAUGCACUGAAUGGUAUAGCUUCCCCUUUCAAGCCCAUUAUGGAUACCACCUACUACUAUUCAGCUGUGGAGAGAAAUAAUUUGAUGAGGUUAUCACAAAGCAUCCCAUUCACCCCGGUGCCACCAAGAGGAGAGCCAGUCACUGUGUAUCGUCUGGAGGAAAGCUCUCCCAACAUUUUGAACAACAGCAUGUCUUCCUGGUCUCAGCUGGGCCUCUGUGCCAAAAUCGAAUUCUUAAGCAAGGAAGAGAUGGGAGGAGGUUUGCGACGAGCCCUGAAGGUGGCCUGCACUUGGUCCGAGUACGAUAUUCUGAAAUCAGGUCACCUUUACAUCAUCAAAUCAUUUCUCCCCGAAGUUGUCAAUACCUGGUCAAGCAUUUACAAAGAAGACACAGUGUUACACCUUUGCUUGAGAGAAAUUCAGCAGCAGCGGGCUGCACAGAAGCUGACUUUCGCCUUCAAUCAGAUGAAGCCCAAAUCAAUUCCAUACUCUCCGAGGUUCUUGGAAGUGUUCCUCUUGUAUUGCCACUCAGCCGGGCAGUGGUUUGCGGUUGAAGAAUGCAUGACUGGCGAAUUCAGGAAGUACAACAACAACAACGGAGAUGAAAUCAUUCCCACCAACAUGCUAGAGGAGGUCAUGCUGGCUUUCAGCCAUUGGACGUACGAAUACACACGAGGAGAACUGUUGGUGCUUGAUCUGCAAGGUGUUGGAGAAAACCUGACCGACCCUUCUGUAAUAAAAGCUGAAGAAAAAAGGUCAAGCGAUAUGGUAUUUGGUCCUGCCAACUUGGGAGAAGAUGCCAUUAAGAAUUUCAGAGCUAAGCAUCACUGCAACUCCUGCUGUAGGAAACUUAAGCUUCCAGAUUUGAAAAGAAACGACUACACACCUGAUAAAAUCCUGCUGCCUCAAGAAGAUUCUCCAGAGCUGACUAUUCAGCCCGGGAGCUGCACCAAAGAAUCUAACUCAACUGGUUCCAGACACUUGAUGCUGUAACGUGACACCCUGGCUUUUUACCAAACAGUUUGCAACCGCCAGUCAGGUGCCGGUGCCCGGCUUCCUCCCUCGGUCGGCUCUGACCCUGGAGCCUGAGCCGUAGAGUUUAGGGAGGGCUUCUUGUGAAAUACAGGGCAGAGGAGGAGCUGGCAAUCUCUCGAUUUAUUCUUCCAAGUUCCUUUUUUCCAAGGUGGAAUCGAAUUAAGUAUUUAUGAAGUAGCUUUUUUUUUCUUUAAAAAAAAAGAAGCAUUUUAGCAGAAGGAAUAAACUCUCCCAUUUUAUUACCUUAUUAUGGUCUACGGAGGGGCUGUCCCUCUCUCUCUCUCUCUCUCUCUCUCUCUCUCUCUCUC